AUGGCUGAUCCCAAACAGACCGCACCGAAAGAGGCAAAGUCCGACGCGAAGCCCGAAACAAAGACCGGCGCGAGCGCAUCGGCAAAGACCGAGACGCCUCCGGCAGCACAGGCAAACCCCGCGCUAGAGGCCGAUGUCGGCCGCAAAGAGUUCGUGCUCGCCAGCAAUGUGCGCGCCGAUGGUGAGCGCGCCAAGGCCGGAAACACGGUUUUGCUGAAACGGGACCAGCAUGCAGAGCUUCUUGCGCUUGGUGCGGUGACCGCGCCCUGGCCUGAAACGGACGAAGACAAGACCACGGACUGA